CACUUACGAAUAUUACGGCUCGAAGUGAAAGAGAUAAAGGCUUCCCGGACAACGAGGACGAGGAGAAUCGAACAAAAACGGACUUUGGAGGGGUUGAUGGGGGAAACCACCUAAAAGCACCCACAAUGACCGACUCCACAAUUCCACUCACGACUGAGGAACCACCUAAACCAGUCCGCAAACGAGGACGACCUCGAAAAAGUAAAGACGGGCCUGAAGAUGAACAAGAGUCUUCGACAGAUAGGGAGGUUGCGGGAAAGACGGGGAGUAAGAGAGGGAAGAAAGAUAAAGAUAAGACUGCGGGUAUGAAGGAUUUGAGUACGUGGUUUGGGAAACCGAGCACCGAAGCGGGUACCGGUAUGACCUGGCAUGAUGGAGAAGGGGAUGCGGUGAUGAACGAUGACGAUGUGCAAGUAAACGAACCGUUGACAUGGCCACAACCACGCCCCGUUCAAGAAGGGAUGAUGGAUGAGGAUGUUGUCGUGCUCAUGGAAGACGUCGUCGUACCCAGUACAUCUCAACAAUCCCUCGGAACCUCUGCUCCACCACCAACCUCCACAGCCCCCGGAAUCGAAUCCUCGCUACCGACGGCGCUGGACGCAGUGGAGAUAGUGGAAAGUGAGAGUGAGAGUGAGAGUGACGUCGAGUCACGAGGGCGGACGAUGAGCCAGAUUGUGAAGUUGAAGAUUGGACCGGAGCUGCUGAGGAGUCUCAGUUCUCGAUCACAGAUGGAGGAGGGGGAAAGUGUGGUCCAAGUUCCGGCUACCUCGUCCCCGGAGCGUGGUCCAGUGCCAGAGUCGUCGCAGGGGAGUUUGAUGGUCAAGUUGAGGAUCAGUACACCUGCGUUUCAGUCGAAGCGGAAAGAGCCCGAACACGAUGAACCGCUCCCUGCCGUUAAGGACGAGAAGGCCGUUCCGAAGACCGUGCACCCGUUCUUUGGGGGUGCGAAGGCACGGAAAGCAUUAACGGUCAGGGCAAAACCGGUGAAGGGGGAAGAUGAGGACGACGAGUCGAGUAAGAAGCGGAGACGGAAGUCAUCUGAGGGCAGUGUCGGCGAACCCAUGGCCAGCGUAGCAGCCACCAUUGAGGUCGUGCAGCCUGCGCCAAGAGUUGAGGCUGGUCCACAGAAAGCCACACAUCCGUUCUUCAAAGCCAAACCCUCAUCAACGAGCACGAGCGCACCAGGAAGUUUUAGCUGGGGAGGAGGAGCACGGGAUCCGUUUAGGGGCAUGAUGGGGAAUCCGAAGAUUAAUUAUGGGAUCCCAACGCCGUGGCCGAGUGCGGAUAAUAUGCAUGUUCGUGAUUUGCCUCCCACGACGCUGUUCGAACAUGUCGAACAGGGUGGUUGGGGUAUGGGUGGUGUGAGGAAGGGAAAGGCUGUUGCGGUUGAGGUGUCUGAGAGGGAAGAUGUGUUGAAGCUGUAUGAGGAGAAGCUCAGUGCGGGGAUGGGUAGCGGGACGCGAUGUCUGUUUCCGGAGAAGGUGUUGACGACGGGGGCGGAGUUACAGAAGUUUGCGGAACUGCAGUAUUAUGGGAAACCGGCGUUACAGAGGAUGUUUCGGCGGAUUAAGGAGAAGACGGCGUUUGAUUGUGGAAAGGUGGAGAACCAGAUGUUGGUUACGAAAUAUGCGCCGACGAAGGCGGAGGAGGUGUUGACGGAUGGAAAGGCGGCGAAGGAGUUGAAGGAGUGGUUGGGGGAGAUGAAGGUUGCGUUAAAGAGAGCACGCGCUGCGCCGCCGCCAAAGAAGAAGGGGCUGUUUGGGUUUGGGAAGAAGAGGGAUGAGGACAUGGAUGACUUCAUUGUGGAUGAUGAUGAGGUUAUGGAAGAGAUGCCGGUGUAUGAGGAGAUUGAGGAUAGUGACGAUAAAGACUUCAAUGCGCCUGGAUUGAGGAAGAAGAUGAAGAGGGAGAAGAAGGCUGUGCUUGAAGUUCCUUCGAAUGUCAUUAUUUUGGAGGGACCGCAUGGGUGUGGGAAGACUGCGGCUGUGUAUGCUGUUGCGCAAGAACUCGGCUUCGAAGUUUUCGAAAUCAACGCUGGCGGGAAGAGGAGUGGGAAGGAUAUCCUCGACCAAGUUGGUGAGAUGAGUCAGAGUCAUUUGGUGCAUCAACACAAGAAGGGUGAGAAGGAAAGUGAGAAGAAGGAUAGUUUGAUCUUGAUUGAGGAGGUUGAUGUUUUGUUUGAGGAGGAUAAGGGGUUUUGGCAGACUGUGCUUUCGUUGUCGCAGAGGACGAAGAGGGCGAUGGUGUUGACGUGCAAUGAUCCGGUAUUGUUGCCGGCGAUGUCGUUGGAGAGUGCGGUGAGGUUGAAGUUCGAGCCCGUGAGCGUGAAAACUGUUGCGGAGUAUCUGCACCUCAUGACGCUCGCUGAGGGACAUCUGGUGGAUAAGGCUGAUUUGGAGGCGCUGUACGAGACGAAGGGAAAUGACCUCCGUGCAGCGAUUAUGGAGCUGGACUUUUAUCUGCAAAUGGGAAUCGGCGACCGGAAAGCUGGACUGGAUUGGUUGCAUCUCCCAAAACGCGGGGUCGUUGACGAUGUCCGUAUCGCCUCCAAAGGAACAUAUCGACGAGGAUUGGAUCUUGGGGAAGUGGAGACUGACGAAGAUAUCGUGAGUGGGAUGCAGACGGUGUUUGCUUCUGAGCGAUUUUCGGAGUUGUUGUCUCGUAUGGUUGAUGUCCGGGAGAAGGAGACCGAUGUGAUGAGUCUUGACGCCGUGAUUGAGAAGCCACCACUCAAGGACUUGGGUGCUCUUGAUGCAUUCAUGCGGUAUGCGGAUGAUAUGUCGUUCAUGGACACGUACGUCGAUCAGCAGCAUACUACGUUCGAGGUGCCACAGCCGAAGGUGGCGGACGACGAGCUCGUCCAUGGUCGAGCGCCUCAUCUUGAUGAUGUGAUCGGAUACCCCAUUUUGGCACCGACCUCGGCGAGGUAUACGAUGGCUGGAUUGGACGAACUUAGGUAUUCUCCGGCUACCCAAGUACUGAUACGCGAAUGCUUCCAACAGCGCUGUGCGAACCUCAAAGAUAUCCGCAUCAUGGCUUUCGCCGAAGUCGACCGCUCGACCCUCCUCAGCUGCAGUGCCAUGUCAGUGGAGAGUGAUCGCAGUGUGAAGCACUUAAUCAAAGACGAAGCAUUUGCCGACCUCGCCCUUCUUCCCGGAUGGAGUCAUAAUCUGUAUCCACAUACUGUGGCACACCGCCCGCUCGCUAUCUUGACCACGGAUCUUGGACCACAUGUCCGCGAUAUCGUACGACACGACCAACAGGCAGCAAAGAUACGGACGGAGCAGAGUUCGCUUCUAUGCAUGGGUGGUGGUCAAGGACGUGGAAGAAACACUCGAGCUGCUGCGGCGGCGAGUGGAUGGGGUGGGAGACGGGAGAAGUAUCUGGAGUAUAUUGAUGCGGAUGUUGUGUUGAGGACGGCAGGAAGUAACUGGAUACCAGAUGCAUAGGCAGGACAAUAUAUGGGAGAACUAAGGAGCAUGGCGUUUUCGGCUUUUUGAUAUGGUUGAGCAUGGAAAGGUUAGCAUCGAUCUCGCAGAAUGGAUUAUCUGUACAAAGAUGUUGUGAAAU